CUAUAAUUGGCAAACUGUACUCCUUUCAAAACCUUUACUUUCUUCCAAUCCACUCCUCUUACAUUAGCAUCAUACAAAAUUCACGGUUACUGUACGUGCUUUUUUUUUCGCGUGAGCCGAUUGUUCCAAAUGAAGAUGGGUUUUAGAAAUCAAAUCUAAGUUAUUACGGUUCGAUCGCUUUUAGUCUGGUUUGUUAUACCGGUCAACCAAACCGAACCGAACCGCAAAUGACAAAAGGAAAAUCAUAUAAUGGACCUUCUGAGUGAAACAGAGGGACUCAAGGCUGUCAUGCGGGUGGCUCUAAUGGAGGUGGAGCCUGUGGAGUGACUUUGGGGCGACUCAACAAGGUUCGGUUUCUAUUCAUGUGGAAAGUAGAGUAGGUUCGUUCCCAGGUUCGACAGAUAGAGAAAUCGGAAAACUCCUUUAAUGGCAUUAUUAUCAUCGAAGAGACUCCGUUCCUUUGCGGUCCUCUUCUUGUGCAUCUCUCUGCUGCUCGACAAGGCUGUAUCCAUCAGAAUAUCGAAUCAGAUCUCAGAUCCCGUCGUCGUUGAUUCCCCGGAUCGUCCCUUGAAAUCGGCAGUUUUCUCUCUCGGGAGCUUCUGGCGAUCGGAGGCGGCGUUCGGAUGUAUCAACGGCGUCGUACGAACAACGGCCGGUUACUCAGGCGGAACGAAGACGAAUCCGGAGUAUAGGAAGCUUGGUGAUCACGCCGAGUCUGUUCAGGUUGAAUAUGAUCCAAGGAUAGUUGGUUAUCGUCAGCUCUUAGAUGUAUUCUGGUCUAGUCAUGAUUCCAGACAAGUUUUUGGACAAGGCCCUGAUGUCGGUAAUCAAUACAGAUCCUUGAUUUUCACUAACUCUACGGAAGAGUUGAGGUUGGCUACUAUUAGCAAAGAAAGAGAGCAGCUUAAAUCAAGAAGCAGUAUCGUCACUACCCAAAUCCAACAGCUUGCAACCUUUUAUCGCGCAGAGCCUGACCAUCAGAAGUUUGAGCUGAAACAGCAUCCCUUCCUUCUUCAAUUAAUUGGAAACAUGGCAGAAGAAGAGCUCGAGAGAUCAGCUCUAGCCACAAAGCUUAACGGUUAUGCAGCAGAGCUCUGCCCACCUAGAGUCCAGAAACAAAUUGACUCCAGAGUAAACGAGAUUAUUAGAAAAGGUUGGCCCGUCUUGAAAGACAUUUAAUAUAUAUUGUGUCCACCUGAUUCUCCUCGUCUUGGUUUCGAUUGAUCAUAUCUCAAAUGUAAGUUUUUGUUUAUUCUUUUGGCCAGGAAUUUUUGGUUGUAUACUUAUUGCUGCAAUGUUUGUAUGUUUUCUCUUUGUUAUCACUCGCAUAGAAUAAGCUUCUUUGUUUCCCAGUAUUAUUUGGACUUUCAUCUAUUUAUCUUGUUAAAACUGAAAUAUUAUUUGAUGUCAUUUACAAAUUAUUCUAUCAAUGAUUAAUAAAAAGUUAUCCC